CACCUUCUCUGCUCGGAUUUGCUGGUAUUGCUGUCACAGCGGCUGUUGUUGAAACACGGAGAUUAGGAGUUGUAACUUUGGCACAGCAGGCGUUCAUAAUUGAAGAGAUCUAGACGACAUUGAGCUGCUCACCAAGUUGCUUGACGUUGUCAUGUUCUCCCACAUCCUCCAUCUGACUACACAAGUCGACCUUCAAGUGACGAAAACGGCCACCCCCUAGCUCUGCAGUCUGGGCAACCUCCUUGUUUGCUGAUUUGAAACUGGGGUGAGAAAGAGAGGGAUAAUAGGAGUUUUUUUCCACCUGCAAGUUAUAGGAGAAGAAGGAGAGCAUGUUGGAUUGGAUAGGAAGAGAGAUGGAGGAUAGAGAAAACUAAAAGGCAAGUGUGGUGAUUGAGAUUCUCACCAUCUCUACUUCUAUGGAGAGAGUGCAUCUCUGGAGACGGAAACCAAUGAGAAAAGCAGUCAUAGAAAAUUGAGCCAGUUAGGUGAUAUGAGUGGCAAAAAUGAAGGAGUUACGUGGCUCCUAACUCACCAAGUAGAGUUUUUUUUUUUUUUUGACGAAAUUCACCAAGUAGAGUUGCUUUCCUCUGUUUCCCUCCCAAGUGGCAUCGAGAAAAGCAAAAGGUGACGCGCUGAUCAACGCAGACUCACCAGGAUCACACAAAUGCAACCAGACCACUAACCAAUUAGCGAACCAGAUGUCUCAUCAUGGUCCAAAGAGAACACAGCUUCAGAAACUGAUCAGAGUCCACCAUACACUCGCCCACAGCCGACUCCUAUCCCAGUUGUAACAGUACCACUGAGUCUGUAUGUGCAGUAAAAUGUGUCUGCAUGUACAGUGAUCGAUCAUUAGUGGGUUUUCUUUUUUCAAUUUGGCGUUCAUAUUUUGGGCUUGAAGGUCAAUGACUUGGUGUUGGGCCUUGAUUGAGUUGCGAGCAAAUAGCCCAGUUCAAAUGGAUUUUUGAAUAACUCAGUUUGGCAUUUCAACGACAAGCCCAAGAGAUCAUUUCACAGGCCCUCACAGAACCGGCCCAUGUUUUGAUUUGAUCGUUGACGUACUCAUUGGCCUAUUACAAUGGGACACGUAUCAAGUGUAAAUUCUUGCGAACGCCUUUUGUCUCUUCGAUGGUUCCACUGGAUCAUUUCAUUGUCUUCUUCUCCCGUCCGUCCCAAUAUAGUCAACGCAGAUCCUGCUCGGACGCAAGAAACCCAUCCCCAAAAAACCAUGGCCGGGAUCGUUUCCAUGGCGAUCCAGCAGCUGGCCCCGAUCCUCGUCGAUGAGCUGAAGCAGCGGGCCAGGCUCGUCAUCGGCGCGGAGGGAGACGUCAAGAAGCUAACCAACACGUUGACCGCCAUACAGGCCCUGCUCGCCGAUGCAGAGCAGAAGCAGCUCACCCAGGAAACAGUCAAGCUAUGGAUCCACAACCUCAAGGACGCCUCCUACGACAUGGUCGACGUCCUCGACGAGUGGCGCACCGCCAUUCUCCGCCGCCAGCUCCAAGACGCCGCAGAGGAGUCAAACGUCGAUCCCAACUGGUUCGAGACCGCACUGUAUCAGAUCUCCAGCUUCCAAAUCAGAGUAUGCCCCUUCUUCAAUCCCGCUUCCUGUUGCUUCUUCCCCGUGAAUGAUAUCUGCUUGAGGUACGAUAUCGCUAGCAGAAUCAAGCGAAUUAGGGAGAGGAUUGAUGAUAUCUCGAAUGAUAAGGAGACUUUCACUUUCGAAAUUAGCAGUGAGGUUGCUAGUGGUAGUAAUAGUGCUGAUGCUCCGUCGAGAGAGUUAACUAGCUCUCUAAUGGAUACGGUGAUGGAAGGGAGAGACGCGGAGUUGGAUCAGUUGCUCGAAGCCGUGCUGCUGGGUGACCAGACGACGGAGGAUGACGAUGAUGAUGAUAAUCGGAGAAAUCUGCAAGUGGUUUCCUUGAUUGGGAUGGGGGGUUUGGGUAAGACGACCCUCGCGAAAUCGGUGUAUGGUGAGGUGAGGAGCUAUUUUGAUAAGAGCAUCUGGGUGUGUGUUUCUCAGCCUUUUGAUCGGCUGCGUAUUGCAAAGGAGAUCCUGGUGUCUUUGUCUGAUGAUGGCAGUGUUGAUCCGUACCAUAACGAUCUGUCGUUCGGUCAGGUGUUGGAGAGGAUCCAUGGUCGUCUUGCAGCAGGGAUGAUCAAGCUGUUCCUAGUGCUGGAUGAUUGUUGGGAAGAAGAUCCCGAGAAGUGGCAGGAGUUGCUUAUGGGGGCAUUGAGCAGCGCGCGGUAUGGAAGUAGAGUUCUGGUGACUACGCGGAAUCAGAAUGUUGCCAAUGCUCUGGGCUGCGGCGUAGGAGGGGAACCUCGCGUGAUUCGGCUUGGAGUGCUGUCUGAUGAGGCAUGCUUCGCGAUUUUCAGUCGGUUUGCGUUCAUGGGAUGGAGUGAGAGGGAUGUGGAUAUGGUGAAGGACAUUGGGGUGGAAGUAGUGAGGCAGAAGUGUUGCGGCAUUCCUCUUUCUGCUAAAGCGUUGGGAGGUCUGCUGAGGUCGAAGAAGGGCGGUAGAAUGCAGUGGCAGAAUGUUCUGGAUAGCAAGGUAUGGGAACUGAAGCUGAGCAAGGAGAAGGAUCUGUUUGCUCCUUUGUGGUUGAGCUAUUACGAUCUCACACCACAAUUGAGACAAUGUUUCUCCUACUGCUCAGUUUUCCCCAAGAAUUUCGUGAUCGAGAAGGACAAGUUGAUCAAGUUGUGGAUGGCUCAAGGUUACCUCGUUGUGUCAGGCUGCAGCACUAGCAGCAGCGACACAGAUGAAUUGGAGCGAACCGGAGAGCAGUACUUCGAGAGCUUGGUCAUACGCUCCUUCUUUCAAGAUUUUCAGACAGUGAAAGACCAGUGUGGCAGCCGGGUUGGGUUCAAGAUGCACGAUUUGGUACAUGAUUUUGCACAGUUCGCCUCGAGCAACGAAUGUUACAGCAUGGGAACCGAUCAAAUUGAUGGUUCGAACCUGACCGAGGUGAAGGUGCGCCAUCUAUCAGCAGUAUAUGGUCUGCCAUUCGAAUCGAUCUGUGCGAUGCGAGGUCUGCGCAGCCUUCUGUUUCUUCCACGCUGGGGCUACGUCUUUGAAGACAUGGAUACCGAGUUGUUAUCUCGACUGACUUCUCUAAGAUCGUUGGAUCUCCGCGAUUGCUGGAUCGAAGAGCUUCCAUCCGGAAUACACAAGCUAAUCCACUUGAGGAUGUUGGACUUGUCCUACAACGACUUCCUGAGAGAGCUCCCCGACGCAUUGUCCGACCUCUACAACCUGCAAACUCUGGACGUGAACUUCUGCACAAGCCUGGAAAGGUGGCCGAACGGGAUGGAGAAGCUAGUCAACUUGACGCACCUAUCGAACUCCCAAGUCUGGGGGCUGAUACCUAAAGGGAUCGGGAAACUGCAAGGCCUGAAGACGCUGCUCGAGUUGAGAUUGGGGCGCGACAAUCAUCGUGAGAAUGGUGCAGAGUCAUCAGCAGCUUCUCUCAAGGAUUUACAACAGCUGAACCGGCUUCAAGACAGCCUGACCAUAAUCGGCCUGGGAGGAUCGUCAGAACAUGUUGAGGAAGCUGAGCAUGCUGAACUGGACAAGAAAACUAAACUAACCGUUCUCUCGCUCCGAUUUAGCGUCGAUAAAGAAGAGCGAAACGAUGGCGAUGAGCAGCAGCAGCAGCAGAGAAGGGAGGCAGAGGAUGUGAAGGUGAUCGAAGCGUUAAGGCCACCACCGAAUUUGGACUACUUAGUGGUCGAGUUCUACCAAGGUUCUGCGCCAAUGUCACCUAGUUGGAUGGAGUCAAUGAAGUUUGUGACGAAGAUUAAGCUGUCCGAUUUCAUCAACUGUGUGGAACUGCCAUGUUUAGGGAAGCUCCCCUGCCUAGAAGCUCUGAUUUUGAGCAACUUCCCUAGUGUGAAGAAGGUUGGCUCUGAGUUUACAGGGAGUAGUAGCAAGAAGGUGGUGUUGUUUCCGAGGCUAACGAAACUUGGGUUUAUCGAUUUCCCAGAGUGGGAAGAGUGGGAGGAGAUUAAUGGAGAUGGCGAUGAUGGGGAAGAAGGAGGAGGGUUGCUGUUCAUGCCCGGGCUUCGGUCAUUGCGGCUCGACGGCUGCACGAAGUUGAGGAAGUUGCCGGAGGUGAUUGUUCGGAGGUCCAAGGUGGAGAAGGUGAUCAUGAUUCGUGAUUGUGAUUCUUUGGAGUAUGAGUAAUCCGCAAAGGAGAAGGAAAUGGUUAAUAGAUGCAUAUCUUUGCUGAAACCUGUCCUGAAGGGACCAACCGACUGUUUUAGUUUACAAAAGGACAUUGCUAUUCGUCGUCCUAAAAUAACUUAUUCGUUUUGGGAAUCGGAGUCAUGGCGGGUUGGGGAAACGGCAGCACAUGCCGGGAUCCGGCAGGUGACGGAUGACAAGAGCAGAGGAUGAGAUGGAGUGAGAUUGUGUUUGUUUACGGUUUAGCGAAUAGCGUUUGAAUUUGGGGAUAAGGGUAUCCAUGUCAUUUUCAUAUGGUUUAGGGUGAUAAUAUUUAAAAUUUAGGGCUACAAAUAGCUAUUCAGUUUACAAAAUAGGGUCAAUAGCUGUUUGAGCCCUUGGACUAUGUCCCUUUGACAAAUGAGUCCCUGAACUACGAAACAUAACUUUUAUACCCUUCAACUUUGAUGAUUUAACGUCUGUUGUGAAAUUUCAAUAUUGUAAUUUACAAAAUGGCUAAUGAUAAUUGAUUGUAGAUGUAUAUCAAGUUACGAAUAAAUGAUGAUCAAAAUCAAACUAUGCUGUCCUACUCACCAAUAUGCAAUCUCCCAUCAAUAAGAUCUAUUAAUACAUAUAGAUAGUAUCACAAAUAUUUGUAACAAAUAUAUGGCUUUUUAUGUGACUCAUCAACAAAAUUAAAUCUGUUUGAAUGAUUUUAUUGAUUAAAAGAAAGAAGAAUUCAGAUAUGACAAAACAAACAGUCGAAUAAUUAACAUCCAAUCACCACAUAUCUGACAACGAAAGCACAAGUCAAUCACAGUCAUUGGCUAUGCUGACAAAGUUAGGAGUGAAUCUUCACCUUCACCCUCUGAUUCAGCCACGCACAGAUGUUGACUUCUGCCGGCAGUCCCCAUUACUUACCCUUUGAAAUAAAAUAAAAUAAAAAGAGCCCAGAAAGAUAUAAUAAAAUGGUCCAUUAUAUUAUAUUAUUACCUGUAAAUAUCAAAACCGUUAAGAGGUGCAAUCAAUAUAUACUUACAUACAUAUUGUGCAUUUCCCCCUCGAUUUAUUGGACCACAAUGAAAAACCAAUAAUGAAUCAUAUAUAGGGUAAUUAAGAAACCAGAGAGGCGAUUGCAGAGGGUAGUUGCAGCAGCAUUUCUAGCACCAUCAGAUUGGAUCAGAUCAGAUGCAUGGUCCUGAAAUGAGAUUUCGGAUAUUGUUGAUCUACUGAAUAGAUCGAUACUGUUCUAUCUACAACGAAUUUAGUGAUUCCAUGGUCAGAUUGAUAUUGGGGCGACAGUUGGAAGGAGGGUUGGAUCGGGAAAUGGUGUGGUAUGGUCUAGAUCCGAUUAUGUAUUCGAUUUAUGUCUAGAUCGAGAGGUUGUCGUACAAGUCAGGGGUCUGACUAAAUACUAUACAAUACAUACAUUCGAGACAAAAAAAAUUUGAAUCAAUAAUUGAGAUACAAUUUUUUUUUUUUUGUCUUUAAACAUAAAUUCAAGCACACAUGACACAUGCAUAACUUUGAUACCGUAAAUCCAACUGAAUGAGAAAGACAGAAAAAUAGAGCAACCCAACUUUCACCGUAACGUCAUACAAUGUCAACAUAAUUUGAUAUGGAGAUGACACACUCUUUGUUCUCCUGUGGAGUGUGAAUAGUGAAUGAAUGAGGGGCAUGGUAUUUGCAAAAUUAAGGCUAAGGGUUGGAUCUCGUUGAGUGGAGUGGAGAGAAUGAUCGAGUAUGUUGUUAACACGAAUAGUGAAGUUGGUUGGAUCCAUAGUCUGGUAUGAUAUACUACGGCUUGGACCAUACCGGAUCAAGAGAUCAAAACAUCUCAUAAUAUAUAAACCAUGGAGCAUACCAAAUUAUUCUUAACGGUCUAUAGUCAAAUGAAACGGUGUGGUCCAG